AUUAUUAUUAUUUUUUUUUUUUUGCUAACAGUGGCCACUGUGCAUCUCAUCCCAUACUAUUUAUGUUGGUAUCAUGCUGAUGCUUGGUCGCUAUAGAAGUUUUUUCUACUCAUAGCUGUUAAACGGAAUAAACCUUUCCAAACCCCGGGGUAUUGGGCCAAGCCACGUGCCGUUUACGUAGCGUACAGGAGGAGGCUUCUUUUUGUUCCUGGCCUGGCGCAAAGAGCAAGGUUUGGACCGUCUGUUAGGAUCUGACAUUAAAAAAAAAAAAUGAGGUUGGCAGGGCCCUUGCGGAUUGUAGUGGUCCUUGUGACAGUAGGGCUCACAUGGAUAGUGGUCAGUACCAUGCUGGGUUCAGACAGAGGUUUCCUCCAUGUUGGACAGCUAUUUCCUGCUCAGAAUGAAGGACCAACAGCAGCAGACGUGAGGCCUAAGAGGUAUAAGUGUGGCCUACCAAUGCCAUGUCCAGAGAAGUACUUUGCCUUUCGAAUUGUCAGUGGAGCAGCUAAUGUCAUUGGGCCCAAAAUUUGCUUGGAAGACCGAAUACUCAUGAGCAGUGUUAAGAACAAUGUUGGACGUGGUGUGAACAUUGCUUUGGUUAAUGGAGUCACCGGUGAGCUCAUAGAGGCACGUUUUUUUGACAUGUGGGAAGGAGACGUCAACGAACUGCUCAAGUUCAUUCGACCACUGCAUGAAGGAACACUUGUAUUUGUUGCCUCUUACGAUGAUCCAGCUACAAAAAUGAAUGAGGAGGCACGGAAGAUUUUUACUGAUCUUGGUAGUACUGCUAUCAAGGAUUUGGCUUUCCGAGACAGCUGGGUGUUUGCUGGGGCUAAAGGAAUUGAUGACAAGUCUCCUUUUGAGCAGCACAUAAAGAACAAUAAGAAUAAUAACAAAUAUGAAGGCUGGCCAGAAGCUUUAGAAAUGGAAGGCUGUAUCCCACAACGGUCAUUGGAGGAGCAGUGAAUUGUUAUAAUUAUUGAAGCAUGUCAACAUAGCUUCACACACAGACUGUGCUCAUUGCGUUAAGCCAUUAAAGCAUCUUGAAACACUUUAGUAGGAACUCGCAUGAUCCACUGAAAAGACUUUAUCCCAAUCAUCCCACAAAAUGCCUCUUCAGUGAGCAGCAUUGUGUUUUGAAUAUAAGUGAUUUUGGGGGGGAAAAAAACAAGAUUUGUUAGAUUAAAUGUGCUUUGCCAUUCUUAUGGCAAAUUGACCUUAAGGUUCUCAAUGAGAAUCAAUUCAUACUGACUGGUUCAGUUUAGUAAGCAAGCCAUAAGUAUGGUGGACAUUACAGUGUAUGGAAUAUAUUUGCACAAACCCAAACACUGAAUGGUCUCCAUAGAUUUGCUCAGCUUUUAAUACAUUUGCUUCCGUUGUGUCAAAGAGUUACCUCAUUAUAAUCCUACUGCUUUACACCUCCUGUGCUAAGUUAGUGCCUUUCUCUAUCCUGUAUGGCUAGUAAGAACAGUUACUUUCCAUUUCUAUAGCUACACCUCAAAAGUCUAGUAAUAAUAUAGUCCAUUUUGCUCUUUAUCUUUCUGCAAUAAUUGAUUUACUAAUUCCCAUAGUUUAUUCAUUCUUUCAGUUUAGUAACAAUAAUUACUUCCUUGUUUAAAGAGCCCUGGCACCCAGCUUUUAUAAUAAUAGGUGCCUUGAAGCUUGCUUCUUAUUUGAAAUCACAUCCUUCCUAAUUUUAAGUAAAUACCAGUUUCUAAUAUUGCACUACCUGAUUCUGCCAUCAUAUAAUGACAGGCUUUGAAUAUACUUGCAUCUAGCAUAUUUAGCCUAAGUUUAAAAGUGGCUAAAAAAAUGUUGUUUUUUUUUUUUGUAAAAGUAAGAAUUCCUCGAGAUUGGUUUUAAAUUUAGAGUUAGGUUUUAAAUUGGACAAUAAAAAUGUUUAAUGAACAUUUUCUUAAUAAAUCGUUAACACAAAACUUGCAUAGCAAUAUUAGUGAUUUAAUGUGACUUAAUUUAGGUACAUUUGGAUUCACAAAUCCAGAUCCGUUAUGAAGGAAAAGAGUACUGCAAAUUUCACUCCACAACUUGUAAACAUGCAAAGCCAUUGCUGCUAGGUUCACACAAGUGCCUUCAGUGGGUUCAUUAUAUCUACAGUUUGACACAGAAGAAUGUGAAACAAGAACUGUUAGUGAAUAAGGAACUACUAAAAUAAAUAUUUUUUGCCUUUCUUGCAAAUGUGAA